AUGACUUCUCAAUCUAAGUGUUUGGUAAUCAAUCCGGAUCCAACAUGUUUGGGAAAAGCUGUUAGCAUCUGCAAUUCUCUCAACAAAAAGAACGGGCCGUUUGAAGUGAUAGUUCUAUUGGGAGACAUUAUUUCAUCUGCUAAUGCGAAAAUCUCAGAGAUAGGGUCACCACUAGAGGACAUAUAUCAUAGCGAGGGAAAGUAUACGUAUAAUUCAGAUGAUGUUUCAGAGUUGAGGUUUCUAGGAAAGGUUGGCAUUACAGAAAUAGGGAGUCUUAAAAUUGGGUUUGUGACAGGAAGAUUAGAUGAAGUGACAGAAGAAGAUUUGAAGAUGAAAUUAAAUGAAAAUGUGGAUAUAUUGAUUAGUUAUCAGUGGCCCAAAUUGAUUUCCGACGAAGAAAGACUUAGUGCGGUUGGUAAUGCUAAACUUGAUGAUGUAUUAAAAGCGGUGAAACCAAGAUAUUGGUUUUGCGUAGGGUCAGGUGAAAGCAGAUUCUUUGAGAGGCUUCCAUUUAAAUGGGAAGAUGAAGGAAGUGGUGAAAGAGUUACAAGGUUCAUUAGUUUGGCUCAAUAUGGAUCGAAGGAGAAAUGGUACUAUGCAUUUAAUAUUAGAGAGAAUUGUCUAGAUGACGUGAAAUCUGUUUCGAAAAUGGGAGAAUUUCCCGUGCCGAUAAGUCAGAAAAGGAAUCAUAUGAAGGAGGAAGAUGAAGGAACGAAUAGUACGAAGAGGCCACGGAAAGCGAAAUCAGUCAUCACUGUUAGUCCAGGUGACUGUUUCUUCUGCCUUUCGAAUCCAAAAGUGGAGCUUCAUAUGAUCAUUAGCAUUGGAGAUUAUUCAUAUAUGACAGUGGCCAAGGGUCCACUUACGCUGAAAAAAUCAGAAUUGGGUUUUUCCGGCCACGGUUUAAUCGUUCCUAUCAACCAUUAUCCCACGCUGAAGAAAUACAGAGAUGCCGAGGAGCCUGGGGUCAACGUUCAAGAUACCAGAGUCUAUAAAGAAGUGGAACAGUUUAAAACCGCUGUUAUCAAGAUGUUUCAGUCGAUGGGAGACUAUUGCGUUGUCUUCUGGGAGAUUUCACGUUCUAAUGGAGUUCAUUUUCAUACUCAGUACGUUCCUAUUCUUUCUAAAUACGAAGCUGACUUUGAAAAAUGCAUUCAGAGCCAAAUCGAUUAUGCUACUCAUCGGUUCGGAGAAGAUUCUAAGCUUAGCUACAAUAAAUAUGACAUGAAGAGCCCUCAAAGUGAAGUGUUCAACUUGAUGAAUUCUGAUGACUAUAUGCUGAUGACUAUCGCAAAAGCUCCUGAACAGAUGACCCGGUACCUAUUCAGAAUAGGUGACGAAGAUGGAGACGAAUCUGAGCGACGCGUCGAUCUUCAGUUUCCUAGGAAAGUGGUAGCGUUCCUAUUGAACCUUGGAAGAAGAGUACGUUGGGAUAAAUGCAAAGAGUCGAUGCAGCAAGAAACGGAGCAGAGAGAUCUGUUUCAGAAACACUUCAAGCCAUUUGACUUUACCCUAGAAAAAUAA